AUGGAUCGAGAUUGUCCGAUAGGGUUUCGUUUUAGGCCAACAGAGGAAGAAAUAAUCACCCUCCUCUGGUUAAAGGCUUCAAACCAGCAAAAACAUACAACGGAUGUUGUCCCGGAGAAGAUACUCUACGGUGCUGAUGCUUCUCCCUGGAAGCUUUUCAGAGAUGAUGAUGUUCGUUGGCAAUUAUGUGAUGACAGUGGAAAGAAGCAUACGAAAAGAAUGGCAUAUGUGUUUACUAAGCUGUCCAAGAUGAGUGCCAAUAGGACUGCAAGAACCGCUGGUUGCGGGACGUGGGAGGGACAAGCUAAGGCCCAAGACAUUCCCAACUCUAGAGGAGAGAUAAUUGGUUCGAGGAAGAUGUUGAGCUAUGUCUUGAAUUCUGGUUCGCCCCAAGGUGGUGGAUGGAUCAUGCAUGAAUAUUCACUCGCUGGUUCUUUGUUGGAUCGCAUAGGCCCCACGGAUUAUGUUGUUUGCCGGAUCACAAUAGAUGAUGAAAAAUAUACUGAGGUGAAAAAAGUGACAGAAGCCAAACAAGGAGUUAAUCAGUCUGGCUCCAUGAGAUGUACCAAGAAUCCUAAAGUUUUAGGCAAGAGAUCGGAGCCAAGUUUUGUGCAACAAAGAUCCAAUCCAAGUAAGAUGCCAAGAAGCGGAGUAGUAGAAGAAGAAACAUCAGGGAACGCUGCUGCUAACUUGGCAAUGGGAGCUAGUACGGAUGGCACAAUUGAGACACCUAAUUCUUUGAAUAACCAUGAGAGAUUUGUUAUCAAUCCUCAAGCAAUUAUGUCUCAUAAGUUAUUUGGUAUGGAUGGACAAACUUCCGACAGAGAUGCGUCCCUGAGGGUACUCAAUCCGUGA